AUUCGCGUGUAUGUCAGCUCGACCUUCGUACAGCUCAAGGAAUCGAGAAAUAAAACAAACGUGAAUCUUUCCUUCUCGCUCUCGACACAAAUGAGGAUCUGUGUUGCUGGUAAGUAAACAGAAUAUGAACUUGGCUGGCGGUUAUUUACUCUUGUAGAAAUACAAUUAGGCUGAAUAUGUAAACAUUUAACUGCCAAGUUAAAACUGAUAAGAUUACAGGUAGAAAUACUGUUGUGAGAAAGCCGAUACUUAAUGUUCAAGAAAGCCAAUGCUAGGUGUUGGAAACACCUAACGAAAACGAUAGAACUACUCGAGUAUCUGAACUGCAGUUACAAAAAUACAUAUAAACGACAGUUGUCCAAGAUCACAUUUCGUUAACCGAUAAUUCGGAUUUCAACAGUGUUGAAGGCGGGAAAAGGCUAACGUUCGUUUUCUUUCUCGUUUCCCCGAAGCUGUCCGAAAUGGCGAGUGACUACACGUACACGCGGCGCGGGUGUGAAUAUGUAUACAGAGGGGGAAAUUCUCCAUUGCAUGCGUCCUCAAACUGGCAACUAUACCCGAACGUUGCCGAUUCACUGCUCGAGGGUAUUCGGUUUAACGAACUACCAUUCGUCGUUCGUCUCGUGAAGUGUUGACUUCGUCUCCGUUCUGUGGUGCUUUCUGUUUUCUUUUUUCUUCGCGUGAUUAAACGUUAUAUAUUUUCAUACGUUCCCCAAUCUAGUAUCGAUAGUCAUUCACAAUAGAAAGAUUAAGCAUGGCGGUAACAAGUGGUGCUAUGUAUAAUCCGCGUAACGUCGUUCCAUCGUUCAUGUCGUCGAAUACAUAUUACGGUUACGUGCCGCCUUAUAGAAAAGAAAAUCAACUAAACGGUGCACUCGAGCACGCGGAAGUUACCGAAACGUCGAUGUUUGAUCGCUGUUCUUACGAUACAGCUAUGGAAACCGACGAUGACGGUUGCGAUUAUUCUGUAGCAUCUCGCUAUUUGAAUAACGCUUCCGUAAUUCUAGCGGCGCCAACACAGAGUCGAUUGAAAACAAACGACCAGCAACAACACCGUGAACAACAGGCGGCCCACGGCGACGCGGAUACGCUUCAACGCAGGAACCGGAAGCGGUGCAACGGCGAUCUCAGCCCCACCGCCGAGCUGAAAAAAUUUCGUGAAGAGGCAGUGGUAACUACCAUGCACACUGUGGUACAGGAAAUACAAAGGACUAUGGAUUGGCCAAGGUGUCAUAUGAGUCAAAACUACUGCAUUUGAAUACAAUUGACAAAAAAUGCCUAGAACAAUCCACGAUUGUAAACAAGGGCUGCUGUUGGGCAGCAGGUAACCAUAAUCUAUUAAAUAAUUCAGCUUGUAACCAUUUAUUGUCAAGCAAUGGGUUUAAAUCGAUUGA